AUGGCCAACGAUGUAUCGCCUGACCAAAUGCAAGCGCGUAUCCAACAGGCACGACGCGAAGCCGAACAUUUGAAGGAUCGAAUAAAGCGCAAGAAAGAUGAAUUAGCUGAUGCCACAUUGUCUGGAAUCGCUAGGGCCCAGCAAGAAGCUCUACCCAAAAAUCAGAUGAUGAAGACUCGAAAGACGCUAAAGGGCCACUUAGCAAAGAUUUAUGCAAUGCACUGGUCGACUGAUAGAAGGCAUCUUGUCUCAGCGUCACAAGACGGAAAGCUCAUCAUCUGGGACGCCUACACAACGAAUAAAGUCCACGCCAUACCACUACGAUCAUCCUGGGUUAUGACGUGUGCCUACGCUCCAAGUGGAAACUAUGUUGCUUGUGGCGGUCUUGACAACAUAUGCUCUAUAUACAAUCUAAACUCGAAUCGUGAUGGCCCGACCCGUGUCGCUCGAGAAUUGUCGGGUCACUCAGGAUACCUCUCUUGUUGUCGGUUUAUUAAUGACAGGAGCAUAUUAACAUCAUCAGGAGAUAUGACCUGUAUGAAAUGGGACGUAGAAACCGGUUCCAAGGUAACUGAGUUCGCAGACCAUCUAGGGGAUGUCAUGAGCAUCAGCAUUAAUCCUACCAAUCAAAAUACUUUUGUUUCGGGUGCUUGUGAUGCAUUUGCUAAAUUGUGGGAUAUCCGAGCUGGGAAAGCCGUGCAAACCUUUGCGGGGCACGAAUCUGAUAUUAAUGCGAUACAAUUCUUUCCUGACGGUCACUCGUUUGUCACAGGAUCUGAUGAUGCAACUUGUCGACUUUUCGACAUUAGAGCUGACAGGGAACUAAAUCAGUAUGGGAGUGAAGCAAUACUCUGUGGUAUUACUUCUGUCGCUACUUCAGUGUCAGGCAGACUUCUAUUUGCUGGAUACGACGAUUUUGAAUGCAAGGUUUGGGAUAUUACUAGGGGUGAAAAGGUCGGUUCACUUGUUGGUCAUGAUAAUAGAGUCAGCUGCUUGGGCGUAAGCAAUGACGGUAUGAGCUUAUGUACUGGAUCAUGGGAUUCUUUGGUAACUCAAAAUAUGGGCUAUGUAAUACGCAUUCCAUAA